UGCUGGAUUUUUGAGUCAACCUCAGGCCUGAAAUCUUCACACAACUCAGCCAUGAACUCUGCCGUCUACUUCCUCCUCCUGAUGCUGCCUCUGAUCUCUGCUCAGAUCACUCAAUUGGGUCCCUGUCCCACUCCAAGUGUACAGCCCAACUUCAAACUUGACAAGUACCUUGGAACGUGGUAUGAGAUCGAGAAGAUACCUGCCUACUUUGCUCAAGGAAAGUGUAAUGAGGUAGACUAUUCACUGAGGAAAGAUGGUACCAUCAAGGUGGUGAACACUCAGAUGUUUCAAAACAAAUUGAGGUCUGUUGAAGGGACAGCUGUGAUUCGGAACAAAAAGCACCCAGCCAAACUUGGAAUCCGUUACUCAUAUUUUGCUCCCUUCCACCCGUACUGGAUUAUAAGCACUGACUACACUAAUGUGGCCCUCGUGUUCUCCUGUACAAGCAUCUUGAACCUGUUCAACUACCAAAAUGUUUGGAUUCUUGGACGGUCACGAACCCUGCCUGCAAUGACAGUAAAUAAUGCCAAAAAACUGCUGCAGAAAAAAGGAAUCAAUGUUUCCAAGAUGAGCGCCGUGGAUCAGAGCUGUACCCCUUAA